AAGCAUAUUUUCUUUUAGAAAUCGUUACAUGUACAAGUUCAAUAUCAUCCAAUCCAAUUAGGACAGUUACGUUUGUUUGCGGAACGGAAAGCGAAACUUUCAGUCUGUUAGCGGACCAUUUAGCGCCUCCCGCACGUCCCAUGUCGCAUAGACACAAAUGUCAUUGUCACAUCACAGCUCGACGCGUAAACAUAAUAUCCAUAGGCGAUAUUGUUAUUUUUUAAACAUGAGUUAUAAGUGUAUUACGCUGUUUGUUACCUUAUCGUUAUUCGCAAUAUGCAGUGCUGCGUUAAGUGAACUCAAUGUUAUCGAAGGUAGAGGAAAGAAGAAGAAAAUCGCUUUAUUCGUGUACUGGGCAGAUAUUAUAGUGAAGAAGAUCUUCGUCCUAAAGUUGAUAUACGCCUUCGUUUUCUUCGUGGUCAUCCACAAGGCGGGCUUCUUCCUCUCCUGGUUCAUCAGCUACCUCAAGGAGCAGAAGAGAGAUCAUCAUGAGCAUCAUCAUGUUCCCCAUCUCCACUAUGAAUACGGACCCCCGAAUAGCUACGGACCCCCCAGCAGUUACGGACCCCCAAGCAGUUACGGACCCAGUGGCCCAUACAGAAGAGAAAGCCACGGCAUAUAG